AGUAGUUCAAAUCGCCAUGUUUGUUACCCGAGUUGGUGUUGUGUGAGUGAACCGUGCUGUGGCCCAAAAAAGUGUACAAAAAUAGACCGGACUGGUAGCGUUUGUUUAGGAUAAGUUAACACGGAUUGCCUCAUCAGAUUAUGACAUCGUCGCCAUCACAACCAUUUGGAUAUGGCCAACCUACUGGAAGCUCGCUCAUCCCUUUUUUCCCGUCGGUCUCCCAGCAGCAGCAGCCGGGAGUGCUGCCUGGCGGUGGGGGUUCCCGGGGGGCACCCUUUCCCGACAUGUUCGGUGCCGACAAGGCGACCAGCUCGUCAUCAUUUGGGGACCUGGGCCUGCGAGGCACUCUCGGGGGCACACUCUCUCAGUUCCCUCCGUCGGUGGCGAGGCCUCCGCCAACAAGUCUGUCUGGUUUCCCACCAGCAUCUCUGCCGCCGCCACAGCAGGCAUCACCAAACAGCCGAAAUAUGCUGACAAUCGGGUCGAGAGCGUUGCCCGGACAGCGGCAAGUUGGCCCCGACAUCAAUCGGUUAGUUGGAUUGGGAGCACCCCCCAGGACAGGGUACACGGACCAGAGUUCACUAUGGAGGAACAAUGUCCCAGCAUCGGGGGGUGGCAUAUCAAGCUUUGGCAUGUCGCACAGUUCUCGUAACUUCCCUUCAUCACAGUCACUCAUGGGGAACAGUCUUCAGAGCCAGCUGUUCAACUCUAACCCAGCGUUGGACCUCUCCGAGUUUCCGUCACUGACGAACCGGGGUUCCCAAGAAGGGUCAGCGCAGUCCUUGAACAGCAAUCCCAUGGCAGGGAGGGCGGCAUACGGCAAACUCUUCGGUAUGGUGAAGCAGCCCAACAACGACUCCAACGAGUUCCACAUUCACAAUGAGGACUUCCCCGCGUUACCGGGCUCUCAAGGUCAGGAAAACAGUCAAGACAGCUUAAGUAAACAGACGAGUAAUGCCACCAGCGAGUCCUCGAAAGAUGGCAGUGGUUUCUCUAGCGACAAGGUGACGUCACAGCCGGUCAAGAGAGGCAUCCAGACAUCAAAAGAUGGGACGGUAACGAACAUCCCUGCGGGCAUGGUCACGGACCAGUACGGCAUGGUGGGGCUCUUGACAUUCAUCAGAGCGGCUGAGACGGAUCCCAACCUCGUCUCACUGGCCUUGGGGAGCGACCUCACGACGUUAGGGCUCAACCUCAACUCUCCCGAAAACCUUUAUCCUGUGUUCGGAGGUCCCUGGGCAGAACAGCCUUGCAGGCCGCAGGACAUCGACUACCACGUUCCUUCAGAGUACAUCAUCAACCAGAGCAUCCGGGACAAACUAGCGGGCAUCAAGCUGAAUCGAUAUGGCGAAGACUUGCUUUUCUUCAUAUUCUACAUGUUUGGGGGCGACCUGUUACAGCUGCUUUCUGCUGCCGAGCUGUACAACCGGGACUGGCGUUUCCACAAGGACGAGCGGGUCUGGAUCACGCGAGCGGGCAUCUCACCAACGGAAAAGACGUCGACGUACGAGCGUGGGACAUACUUUUUCUUCGACCCAGUCAACUGGCGGAAGGUCGCCAAGGAGUUCCACCUCGACUACGACCGGCUCGAAGACCGGCCACAGCAGUAUCCGCCCCUCUGAUCAGCCGAGUGCACCGCCUUCAGUCACGUCACCCACGGUGGCAGCCCGUAACGCUCCUGGCUGACCGCGCAAAUCGAGAAGGCAGAAGCCACCGAGAAAGACGGGCCCAACGACGUUGCACGCGGCAGUGAGACAGCGAAUGAAAGAACACUGACGCAUCGUGUGACUUGUCAGUUUUAGGAAAUGAGAAGAAAACGUGCGAAGUUUGUAGACAUCGUUGUCAGACGGCAAGAAGCAGCCCUUGUUUUCUACAGGUCAUCUGUGCAAACGGUUCUCUUGAUGGCCCGACUCGGAGCAUUCGCGUCGUCCUGAUAGUGCCCAGAAGUCAACCAUAAGAACACUGCAGCGCUGGAUGGUCUACGGAGAAUAGAACAUCCAACUGGACCGCACGGGGACGGAAGGGUCGCCCUGAUCCCCCCUCUAUCUCCUCUCCUCGCAGACACGGCAGGGUCAGUCGUGCUACGAGCACGGCGCAUCGUUGACUCUUGAUAAAUGAGAGUGCGUCGCAAUGGAUUUCUCGUUAUGUGUAGAAUGAACGGCAACGUCUUGGUUUUUCAUUAAGUUUGUGGGCUUUUCUGUCAGCAGCUUCUCUCAUUUGCCUGUAAAAAAAAACACAUUCCUUCACUCCAUUAGCGCUGAGAAAAAUGACUGCUUUUUGUUUGCUGGGCCGAACACUCGUGUGUGCAGUGCCGCUGUUUGCGAAUGUCUUGUGUUGUUGUUUGUCAAAUGAAAGCAUUGUUUCAGGGCAGCUGUGCUGCUCGGAAUGAGAUUCUCGUUCAUCUUGAUUACACAAUAGACCAAUCGUGAAGGGUUUCAAGUUUGACCAUAACGCGAAUUUCUGCAGUUGGUUUUUAAUCUAUGUCUCACAAAACUAUCAAUUUUAGCCACAUAUUAGAUCUUGUACACUGUGAUUAAUGCAUAACCAUCCAUCAUUACUGAACAACUUACAUCUGGCCUGCAGUGUUAGCGGUUGUCCAUACUGUCAACAUUAUUCAAAGUUUGAAUGCCUAGAGCCUUCUUCAAUCGAGAAGCACCAGAGCACACCUUGAAGGUACUGGCAGUUGUGCCAUUUUCAGAUCAUCAUCGUCCAAAUGCCGGUGUUAUGGCUGAUAGGAAAUGUCGAGAAAGCAAAAAAGUAAAUGAAAGAGUUCCAAAAUAUACUGCCCUGCAAGCUUUCUAAUUAACAACACUCACUGCCAUGAGGAUAUGGAAACGAAUGCUUGUCAUCACCACCACGAUUUGGAAAGUUCCUAGCACAUUUUUAUUUUUGUCCGUUUUUCUUUUUGCUUAUGCUGCUGUUGUUUUUGAAACUGAAGCUCUCAUGGAGUUUGCACAUGCACGAAGAAUAUUAACUCUGCCGCCCGCAAAUUGCACACACAAACACGAAAAUGUGAUUUCGAGAGGGAGAAUUCUCUUGUCCUGCCUGAUCCUGGAGACCGGGGGGAAGGGAAGAUAGGGGGACGCGCGAGGUCUGGGCUUCAGUACGCCCCCCAGGAGGGGCACCCGGGAUCCCGCACACACGAGGGUUGGGUGUUUUGUUUUAGAACGCUGGAUUACUUGAGAGAAACGGGACGGCACAAGGACCGAGUGAACAGCUGCUUGUGACUUGGCUCUCUGCUCCCCCAUUCAUGGCAUCUUUGGGACAUUGCCUAUAACUAGCCAGUGUUUCUUUAAAUCUGAUGUAAGGAUUAUUUCUGUUUUUCGUUAAUAGCUUCCUGUGGUGAAUUACUGUUUUAUUAGACAAGGUCAGUGUUUCUUUUGAAACAUUACUUUUUAACAGCUUUUUUCUUACACAAGAGAAGUGUUCUGUUAUAAAAAUUGUAAAAAUGGGACACUUGUCUUUUACUCUUUUUAAAUGUACUUAUAGAUAACUUAGAUACUUUCUUUGUUUUUUUUUAUUUGAUUGUUCUUUUUUGCUGCACCUUGUUUGCAUACAGAGCGGGUGUUCCAAGCACAGCAGAGAUUCUUUUGACACAUUCGAAAAGAGUUCUUUAUGAAGACAUUCAACAAAUUGUGCGAGCUGGUUUUUCAAGCGACUUGUCACAAAAGGUCUUAGAUAUUGUGGUUUUUUGUUGUAAAGCUAACAGUUGUUGUUUUGCUUUCCCCAAUUGUACAUGUGUAAUGUUUACAUCUCGCGUCAGUUUUUCUCUUUCCUUUUUAAUAUCGUCAUUUUGUGCGUUAUGAAAGUGAUAUUCAUUUGAGCCAGUGCAAGGCCAUCCUUGUUAGCAAUUCUAGUGAGAUGAUUGUGACAUGACUUGCGUAGGAUUGCAGCGACUAUUAAAUGUGUCGUUACGCAGGUGUUCUUGAGAGGCUGUCUAUGCAACGAGAGACCCGUUCACUGUUCAUGCCAAAAAGAAAUAUACACAAAGGUGGUGUUGUACAGUGGGGAAAAGGGGGUGUUUGUGUGUGUUUGGCCACGGUGUGGCCAGGAGUCAUUACGGCACCAGCCAACCUAGCGGUGAGGAAAACGACGGUGCUCCUAAUGUUGAAAGGUAGCUCAUGGGACAAAAACUCAAUGUACAUAAGCCUUCCUUAAUUAUUUUCAAAGUGUACAAAGGAGCGGCCUUGAUACAUAGUUGCUUGUCAAUAAAAGCGAUCUCUAAAGCGGUAA